AUGGGUGAAUUUGGAGCACAGUCUGAAGAGGAGACAGAGCAACCAAAUAUUCCUGAUCCACCACAAAACCAACCCUCUACACAAUGGCCAGAUUGGUGCAAAUGCGGAUAUUGUCAACCCAUGCCACAAGAAAUCGAAAACCGAUGUUGUAAACUAAAGAGCUGCAUAGCAUUGACAUCGAGGUUUGCAAAAUUGUGUCUCGACCCUGAUGUCUUACAGCUGUGCAUACGGAAUUCUAGUGACAUCAGAAAUGAUCAAGAAGACCAUAGUACAAGGGCUUUUAGAAAAGCAGCAUAUAGACAGUUUGUUUUAGCACGGCAUGGGCAUCUAGGAAAAGGGAACAGGAGGGUUUGUCCAUCUUGUGUAGUAUUGAAAAUAAGAAAACGGUACCCAUCCAUUACAGGAGUGUAUAUGGGUUAUAGAGAACAUUGAUUAUGACUUUGCAUGCAUGAACAUGCUUUAUAAUGAUACUUGCUGUGUUGGUGUAGUGUACUCAGGUGAAUAAGAUGCUUGUGAUGUUAUUCUGAGUGUGUAUCCACACCGGGCCGGCUUGAAAAAUAUGCCUGGCCACGGUGGGAUUCGAACCUACGACCUUUGGAAUACUAGCCCAAUGCUCUGCCAAUGCUCUGGUGUGGAUAUAUACACACUCAGAGUAACAUUACAAGCAUGCUUUAUAAUGUUUACUAUUGUAUAUUAUUUAUUUAUAGCAACAGUUAAUACUUAUAACUUCUUCUGUUCAAAUCUACUUCUGAUAAUAUUUUUGUUUGUACAAAUAAUAUUUUUGUUUGUAGCACAUGA